ACAGUUCAACAGGUAUAAAUCACCCGAUCUAGCUCUAAAGAAAUUGAUUCUUUUCGAGAGAAAAAAAAACAGAGCUACUAAUAGACAAAAUGCCUAAAUUCGAAUCUAAAGAAGACUUUUGCAAACAAUCCAACAUCAAAGGAGAACUCAACAAGGAAUUGAUUGAAUUUGCUUACAACAACUUGAACCACAUUCCGUUGAAAGGUGACGAGAACUAUGAACGAAUGAUCAGUGGAUUGGUCUAUAAUUGCUACCAGAAAGAAUUGGAAGAUGUAAGAAUGAGUAUUAGAGAUACUAUUUUGGAUUACGAAAAAUUUAGACAUAGAGAUUACAAAACCACCAAAGAUUACCUCGAUGCAAAGAGAGAACAUUUACGUAGUUUUAUUGGCCAUGUGGGUGAUGGUGCCUUUAUGGAAUACCCAGUGUAUUUUGACUAUGGGUGCAAUACGUACCUCGGCAAAGGUUUCUAUAGUAAUUACAAUUUGACAAUCUUGGAUGUUUCAAUUGUAAAAAUUGGAGAUAAUGUAAUGUGUGGACCUAAUGUGUCGAUCUUAACCCCAACCCACCCAACCGAUCCAACUUUAAGAUAUCUGAUGUUGGAAAAUGCCUUACCAGUUACUAUUGGAAACAAUGUCUGGUUAGGCGCAGGACUGACUGUGUUACCCGGUGUUACCAUUGGAGAUGGAUGUGUUAUUGGUGCUGGCUGUGUAGUAAACAAGGAUAUUCCUGCCAAUUCAAUUGUUGUUGGUGUUCCUGGUAGGGUUGUCAAGACCAUGGAUCCUCGUGAUCCUGAUUUCGACGUCCAUGCUUGUUUAGAACAAUAUGGCAUGGCAUUAAUCAAAUGAUUUGAAGAAUCAUUUUUGAGAAUAUUUAUUUACUUUUUCGCAAGAAAUAUUUCUAAAUUUAGUAAACAGCUAUGUGUAGUUCACAUAAUCGGCACGAACACGC